AUGAGGCAGAACACAACGCAGGUUGACUUUAGAGAAGAUGACGCUUGCCAGGAGAGCGGGGGGAUUGAACAACUGCAAUCUAACAAGGAAAAGGGUAAUACCAACAGGAUUAUAGGGAAAACCCAGCAGUUACAAAUGGCUGUUGUAGGAACCUUGCAGGACAGAGUGAUGGAUGUCUUUGAUAGACAUGACCCUUCAGUCAGCAUUGACCAGCUCCGAAAUGAGAUUUUGGCAACGUUUGAGGUGUCAAACGGAACGAUAAUUGUCAUCCUGGGAAAAACUGGAAGUGGGAAAAGCAGCCUGGCUAACACCAUAUUUGGAGAUGAACUGUUCAAGAUCGGCCGCACUGCCAACUCUGAAACUAGUAAAUGUGGAGCCAUAACAAAAUCUGUCAAUGGAAGAAACAUCACUUUGAUCGACACUCCUGGUUUCUUCGACACAGAUCGAUCUGAGGAGGAGCUGAAGCCUGAAAUAGUGAUGUGUAUCACAGAGUGCGCUCCUGGGCCUCAUGCUUUUCUCAUUGUGCUUAAAGUGGAGAGAUUCACAAAGCAUGAGCAGGCUGUCAUCGAUAAAAUAAACCAAUACUUUUCUGAAGAAGCUUACAAGUAUGCGACAGUUCUCUUUACUCAUGGUGACCAGCUCCCUGAAGGACAGACCAUUGAGGACUUUGUCCGUGGUAAUGAGCUUCUGAGUGAUCUGGUGAAGAAGUGCGGAGGCCGCUGCCACGUCGUUGAUAAUAAAUACUGGAAGAACAACCAGCAGGAUGAAUACAGGAACAACCAGUUCCAAGUGAAGGAGCUGCUCAAAACAAUGGAAAAGAUAACUGACGCAAACAGAGGAAGCUGCUACACCAAUGAGAUGCUACAAGUAGUGGAGGAAAAAAUCAAACAGGAGGUGGAGCUCAUUAGAAAGUCACCAGGAAACAUGUCAGAGAUAGACAUCAGAGAGAAGGCUAAAGACAGAGCAUAUGAUUGGCUUUUGAGCAAACUGGCAGGUAUCACAACAGGUGCAUUGUUAGGGGCUGUUUUUGGUUUAGUACGUUUGUUCAAAAGGAUGUGA